AUGUCGGCCACCGAAGUUCGCGUGGGUGGUUCAGGCGGGACCAUGAAGGCUGUCAACUAUCAGGGCGCCUUCAAGGUCAAGGUGGAGGAUGUGCCAAAGCCUUCGAUCGAGCACCCUGAUGAUGUUAUUGUCAAAGUGACCACCGCCGCUAUUUGCGGGUCCGACUUGCAUAUGUAUGAAGGGCGUACGGGAGCUCAGCCUGGUAUCACAUUUGGGCACGAGAACAUGGGGAUUGUGGAUGAAGUCGGCUCUGGAGUGACCCUGCUGAAGAAAGGCGACCGAGUCGUGAUGCCCUUCAACGUUGCGGAUGGACGAUGCCGUAAUUGCGAGGAAGGAAAGACAGCCUUUUGUACCGGUGUCAACCCUGGCUUCGCAGGGGGCGCCUACGGUUAUGUGGCCAUGGGACCUUACAGAGGCGGGCAAGCUCAAUAUAUUCGCAUUCCAUAUGCGGACUUCAAUGCGCUGAAGCUGCCUCCCGGGAACGAGCAUGAGAAAGAUUUCAUCCUCCUGGCCGACAUCUUCCCGACUGGAUGGCACGGGGUGUCGCUCAGCGGGUUCAAGCCCGGAGAGAGCAUCGCCGUCUGGGGUGCGGGCCCCGUCGGCUUGAUGGCGGCAUACUCGGCUCAACUUCGAGGCGCAAGUCGCGUCUACGUCGUCGACAGAGUGCCUGAGCGGCUGUCCGCUGCGGAGAAGAUCGGGUGUAUACCCAUUGACUUCAGCAAGGGCGACGCGGUGGACCAGAUCAUCGAGAAGAACGGCGGGAUGGUGGACCGCGCCGUGGAUGCGGUCGGGUACCAAGCCGUGGAUACCGGCGGGAGGAAGGAGCAGCCCAACAUCGUCCUGGAGAAUAUGAUCCGGGCGACGAGGCCGUGCGGUGGACUGGGCAUUCCGGGUCUCUAUGUGCCCACCGACCCCGGGGCGCCGGACGAGGCCAGUGGCAAGGGCAUGAUCAGCAUGAGUUUUGGCAAGUUGUUUGAAAAGGGUCUUUCUCUGGCCACUGGUCAGUGUAACGUCAAGCAAUACAAUCGCUAUUUACGGGACCUCAUCAUCGCGGGCAAGGCGAAGCCCUCUUUCGUUGUCAGCCAUGAGAUUGCCAUUGACGACGCUGAGGUGGCAUACGACAAGUUCGACAAGAGGGUCGAGGGCUAUACCAAGGUCCUUAUCCAUCCCAACGGGCCAUUGUGAGCAGUUAGUUGCAGAUACCAUGUGCGAUGCCCUACUCCGCUCUCUGAGGAGAUCCAGGGGAUUCAUAGGCCCAAAAAAAUUGAAGGAAAACGG